GUCCUACGGUACUGUGAGUCCUUGCAUGGAAGAUGGAAUUUACAAGAAAUUCGUGCGGUAUUCUUACGUCGGCACCUUCUUCAGAACAUCGCUCUGGAGCUAUUCCUUGCUACAAGAACUGCCAUCAUGUUCGCGUUUGCCGAUCAAGAGACCGUGCGAAAUGUCGUCUAUCAGCUUCCGCGUGUAGGAGUUGGAGUGAAGUAUGGUCUGCCUCAAAGUCGAAAGACGAGCUUGAUGACUCCACGGCAGCUGUUCAAGCAUUCGGACAUGUGCCUGAAAUGGCAGAAGCGUGAGAUCUCCAACUUUGACUACUUGAUGUUCCUGAACACGGUGGCCGGUAGGACAUUCAACGAUCUGAAUCAGUAUCCGGUGUUCCCGUGGAUCCUCACUAAUUAUUCUGCGGAGCAGCUCGAUCUCAACGUCGCGGCAAAUUUUAGGGACUUGUCGAAGCCUAUCGGCGCCUUGUCCGAGUCUCGUCGGAAAUACUUCCAAGAACGUUACACUUCAUGGGAAGACGAGGCGAUUCCGGCGUUCCACUAUGGGACGCAUUACUCAACCCAAGCCUUCACCCUUGAAUUGGUUGAUGAGAGUGGUCAGUAUAGGAUCAUUCAUUUUAUUAAAUAA